AAGACACACACAAUAGAAAGUUACAAUUAUUAUAAUGGAAAACUCUUCCAACAACAGUUCUCCUCAACACAGUCCCUCUGAAGGAGAAACAAUGUUGAAAACACCUGAAACAGUUCUAGCUGAAUUAAGUGGUGGUGAUGAUGGUGCUAGUGACAGUGACAUUGAAGAAGGAGAAGUUUUCAAAAAGAGAAAGAACACUCAAGUGAAAAACCCUCCAUCUGGAAAACCAAUUUGUCCUGAAUGCAAAAAAGAGUUUUCCACGUGGAAGGCUGCGUUUGGUCACAUGCGCAAACACCCCGAACGCACUCAUCGCGGUUUUUUUCCUCCUCCCACUUUUAAAUCUAAUUAUUCCUCAACCAACAUUGCACCCGAGGGCGAUGGUGAUAAUUUAAGUGAAGGUGUGACAUCAAUUGUUCGAGAGCUUUUGUUUGAUUUGAAUAGAUCUAUUUAUGAAACAGAAGCUGGAUCCUCUACUAAUGCUGCACCUACUGAAAAUCAAGAGGGGAAGAAGACAAAGGGUUUCGAUUUAAAUGAGUUGCCAUCCUCAGAAGACGAUGAAACACAAGACAAUUAAACAUAUACUAAUAUGUCAUGUUGCAGCUUCAUCUUUUUAUGUUUCUUUCAUGUUUCGUUUGUUGCUUUCGUCUUGUUUAUGGAUUUUGAUUUAGUUUCGUUUCGGUGAACUUUAAUUUGUUAUCGA